GACGCGGCUCCGAGUGCCCGCACAGUUCCAGAUGACCAGUGCUCCCCGCGCCCUGGACACUCGCUCCGCGUCGCUGCCCGAGGUGGCCUCCCUGCAGCCCCAGCCGAGAAGCGGUGCUCAGGCCCCCCGCGGUCCCGGAGAGCCCUGGUAGGCGGCGAAUCCCCGAGCCUUCUUCUGUGCCCGGUCCACAUCUCCAGGGUUGUAGAAGCAGACGCCAGCCAAGAUGCCGAGGAACCAGGGCUUCUCGGAGCCCGAGUACUCCGCCGAGUACUCCGCCGAGUACUCCGUCAGCCUGCCCUCUGACCCCGACCGGGGUGUGGGCCGGACCCAUGAGAUCUCCGUGCGGAACUCGGGCUCCUGCCUGUGCCUGCCCCGCUUCAUGCGGCUGACCUUCGUGCCCGAGUCCUUGGAGAACCUCUACCAGACCUACUUCAAGAGGCAGCGCCACGAGACCUUGCUGGUGCUGGUGGUCUUCGCCGCCCUCUUCGACUGCUACGUGGUGGUCAUGUGCGCCGUGGUCUUCUCCAGCGACAUGCUGGCUCCCCUGGCCGUGGCCGCCGUCGGGCUGGUCUUGGACAUCCUCCUCUUCGUGCUCUGCAAGAAGGGCCUGCUCCCGGACCGCGUCACCCGCAAGGUGGUGCCCUACCUGCUGUGGCUGCUCAUCUCCGCGCAGAUCUUCUCUUACCUGGGCCUGAACUUCGCCCGCGCGCAUGCCGCCAGCGACACGGUGGGCUGGCAGGCCUUCUUUGUCUUCUCCUUCUUCAUCACGCUGCCCCUCAGCCUCAGCCCCAUCGUCCUCAUCUCGGUGGUCUCCUGUGUGAUCCACACGCUGGUCUUGGGAGUCACGGUGGCCCAGCAGCAGCAGGACCAGCUGAAGGGGAUGCAGUUGCUAAGAGAGAUCCUGGCCAACGUCUUCCUGUACCUGUGUGCCAUCAUCGUGGGCGUCAUGUCCUACUACAUGGCGGACCGCAAGCACCGCAAGGCCUUCCUGGAGGCCCGCCAGUCGCUGGAGGUGAAGAUGAACCUGGAGGAGCAGAGCCAGCAGCAGGAGAACCUCAUGCUUUCCAUCCUGCCCAAGCACGUGGCCGACGAGAUGUUGAAGGACAUGAAGAAAGACGAGAGCCAGAAGGACCAGCAGCAGUUCAACACCAUGUACAUGUACCGCCACGAGAACGUCAGCAUCCUCUUCGCCGACAUCGUGGGCUUCACGCAGCUGUCCUCUGCCUGCAGCGCCCAGGAGCUGGUGAAGCUGCUCAACGAGCUCUUUGCCCGCUUCGACAAGCUGGCGGCCAAAUACCACCAGCUGCGGAUCAAGAUCCUGGGCGACUGCUACUACUGCAUCUGCGGCCUGCCCGACUACCGGGAGGACCACGCCGUGUGCUCCAUCCUCAUGGGGCUCGCCAUGGUCGAGGCCAUCUCGUAUGUGCGGGAGAAGACCAAGACCGGUGUGGACAUGCGUGUGGGGGUGCACACGGGCACCGUGCUGGGUGGCGUCCUGGGCCAGAAGCGCUGGCAGUAUGACGUGUGGUCUACGGAUGUCACCGUGGCCAACAAGAUGGAGGCUGGCGGCAUCCCUGGGCGCGUGCACAUCUCCCAGAGCACCCUGGACUGCCUGAAAGGAGAGUUCGACGUGGAGCCGGGUGAUGGGGGCAGCCGCUGCGAUUACCUAGAUGAGAAGGGCAUUGAAACCUACCUCAUCAUUGCCUCCAAGCCAGAGGUGAAGAAAACCGCCACCCAAAAUGGCAUCAAUGGCUCGGCCCUGCCAAAUGGAGUACCAACUUCCUCUAAGCCCGGCUCCCCUGCCCUCAUUGAAACGAAGGAGCCCAACGGGAGUGCCCAAACCAGUGGCUCCACGUCGGAGGAGCCCGAGGAGCCGGAUGCCCAGGCCGACAACCCCUCGUUCCCCAACCCUCGCCGGAGGCUGCGCCUUCAGGACCUGGCGGACCGGGUGGUGGAUGCCUCUGAGGACGAACACGAGCUCAACCAGCUGCUCAACGAGGCCCUGCUUGAGCGAGAGUCGGCCCAGGUGGUGAAGAAGAGAAACACCUUCCUCCUGUCCAUGCGGUUCAUGGACCCCGAGAUGGAAACUCGCUACUCGGUGGAGAAGGAAAAGCAGAGUGGAGCCGCCUUCAGCUGCUCCUGCGUCGUCCUGCUCUGCACAGCCAUGGUGGAGAUACUCAUCGACCCCUGGCUGAUGACAAACUAUGUGACCUUCGCGGUUGGGGAGAUUCUGCUCCUGAUUCUGACCAUCUGCUCACUGGCUGCCAUCUUUCCCCGGGCCUUUCCUAAGAAGCUUGUGGCCUUCUCGACGUGGAUCGAUCACACCCGCUGGGCCAGGAACACCUGGGCCAUGUUAGCCAUCUUCAUUCUGGUUAUGGCGAAUGUCGUGGACAUGCUCAGCUGUCUCCAGUACUACGCGGGACCCAGCAACGGGACAGCAGGGGUGGAGCUGGAGGAUGGCUGCCUGGAGAACCCCAAGUACUACAACUAUGUGGCUGUGCUGUCGCUCAUCGCCACCAUCAUGCUGGUGCAGGUCAGCCACAUGGUGAAGCUCACGCUCAUGCUGCUUGUCACGGGCGCUGUGGCUGCCAUCAACCUCUAUGCCUGGUGCCCCGUCUUUGAUGACUACGACCACAAACGUUUUCAGGAACAUGGCUUUCCAGUGGUGGCCUUAGAGAAGAUGCAGGUGUUGUCCCCCUCUGGGCUCAAUGGCACUGACAGGCUGCCCCUGGUGCCUUCCAAGUACUCGAUGACAGUGAUGAUGUUCAUCAUGAUGCUGAGCUUCUACUACUUCUCCCGCCACGUGGAAAAACUGGCACGGACACUGUUCUUGUGGAAGAUUGAGGUCCACGACCAGAAGGAACGUGUCUAUGAGAUGCGACGCUGGAACGAGGCCUUGGUCACCAACAUGCUACCCGAGCAUGUGGCUCGCCAUUUCCUGGGGUCCAAGAAGAGAGAUGAGGAGCUGUACAGCCAGUCUUACGACGAGAUCGGAGUCAUGUUUGCCUCCCUGCCCAACUUUGCUGACUUCUACACGGAGGAGAGCAUCAACAACGGUGGCAUUGAAUGUCUGCGCUUCCUUAAUGAGAUCAUCUCAGACUUUGACUCUCUCCUGGAUAACCCCAAAUUCCGGGUCAUCACCAAGAUCAAAACCAUUGGCAGCACCUAUAUGGCAGCCUCAGGAGUCACCCCAGAUGUCAACACUAACGGAUUUACCAGCUCCAGCAAGGAGGAAAAGUCAGACAAGGAGCGCUGGCAGCACCUGGCCGACCUGGCCGACUUCGCGCUAGCCAUGAAGGAUACGCUCACAAACAUCAACAAUCAGUCCUUCAACAACUUCAUGCUGCGCAUAGGCAUGAACAAAGGAGGGGUCCUGGCUGGUGUCAUUGGAGCCCGGAAACCACACUAUGACAUCUGGGGCAACACAGUCAACGUCGCCAGCAGGAUGGAGUCUACAGGGGUCAUGGGCAACAUUCAGGUUGUGGAAGAGACACAAGCCAUCCUCCGAGAGUAUGGCUUCCGCUUUGUGAGGCGAGGCCCCAUCUUUGUGAAAGGGAAGGGGGAGCUGCUGACCUUCUUCCUGAAGGGGCGAGAUAAGCCUGCUGCCUUCCCCAAUGGCUCCUCCAUCACACUGCCCCACCAGGUUGUGGACAACCCCUGAAAAGCCACCAGCCCACAGCAGCCCGCCUGGGAAGGAUUAACUUUGGGGAAUCGAAGCCUUGGGAAAGGACGUCACCUGGUCCCGACAUGCUCAGUGUGGAAGUGCACACUCAUAUAGACUUUAGGUUUCCGUCUCCUCCUCAAGCCUUUAUUUGUUCGUGGACGUGUGAGCUCUGGGGGUGGCCAUACUAUUCCUCAGUGUGCCUGUAGCUUCCCCAGAGUAGGGGUCUUAGGUGUAGUACUGGACAUCCCUGGUUCCAGGUGGCCCUUCUCCCAGCGAGGCCAUGGCCACUGUGAGCAGGAGUGCGGUGAGGCAGGCUGGAGUCCUGGCGGCUGGCGUGCGCGUUCACACUCGGCCCCGGCUGAACUCAGGCUUCUGUCUGGAGAGAGGUCAGGUGGGGACCUGUCUCCACCUGGUCCACGGUAGGUGAAAUGGCCCUCAUCCUGAUGUUCCUGAUAAUCUUGAAAGGUUCUUCUGGAACCCCAUCACCUUAGUCAUGAGAGCAGAAAGUGCAAUAUUUCCUUUCACCUGGUGGGGGGAGGGGAAUUUAUUUCUGAAAGAAAAAUAUAUAAACAGAUCUUCUACAUUUAUAUUUUUAACCUUAUGUUAAAGAACACUUUCUGAUAUUGCCUUGCCUUUUGAGCUCUUGCUACAGUCGCCUUUGCUACUGCUUUAAGAGAAUUUACAGGUAUUGAUAAAGAACAAGACUGUUUUAGUAAAAGCUUUACUCAACUUGAA